GUAGACAAACCGUAAUAGAAAAUCCCCGCUAAGCGCCAAGAGGACAAAGACCCCAUUUCGCCGGCGCAACAAAUGGCGACCAUCGCGAGGUCGAGCUGAGCACUCGGCGAGAGGAGGAGACGACAGAGAACCAACCGGGUUGGCGAGGUGAGCUCCUCUCGGAGAUGGGGCCGGCGGUGGCGCCGUGGGAGGAACGGCGGACGCUGGUUCUGGUGAACCUGGCGUCCAUCAUGGAGCGCGCCGACGAGGCGCUGCUGCCGGCGGUUUACCGGGAGGUCGGAGCCGCCCUGCACGCCACGCCCACGGGCCUCGGCGCGCUCACCCUCUACCGCUCCAUCGUGCAGGCCGCUUGCUACCCGCUGGCCGCGUACGCCGCUUCCCGCCACAACCGCGCCCACGUCAUCGCCGUCGGGGCGUUCCUCUGGGCCGCCGCGACCUUCCUCGUCGCCAUCUCCGAAACCUUCCUCCAGGUGGCGAUUUCCAGAGGCCUGAACGGCAUCGGCCUAGCUCUCGUCAUACCGGCGGUCCAGUCACUGGUGGCCGACUCCACCGACGACGACCACCGCGGCACGGCCUUCGGGUGGCUGCAGCUGACCAGCAGCAUCGGGUCCAUCAUCGGGGGCUUCUCCGCCCUGCUGCUGGCGCCGACCACCAUCUUCGGGGUCGAGGGCUGGCGCUUCGCGUUCCACCUCGUGGCGGCCAUCAGCGUCGUCGUGGGCGCCCUCGUGUGGUUCUUCGCCGUCGACCCCAACUUCCGGACGGACGUAGCGUCGGCGGCGGAGAAACGGUCCGCGUGGGACGAGGCCAGGGAGCUGCUCAGGGAGGCCAAGUCGGUGAUCCAGAUCCCGACGUUCCAGAUCUUCGUGGCGCAGGGCGUGAGCGGCUCGUUCCCGUGGUCGGCGUUGUCGUUCCUGUCCAUGUGGCUGGAGCUCAUCGGGUUCAGCCACGGGGAUACCGCCGUCUACACGACCAUGUUCGCCGUCGCGACGUCCCUGGGCGGCCUCCUCGGCGGCAAGAUGGGCGACGCCCUCGCCCGGCGGUACCCGAACGCCGGGAGGAUCGUGCUGUCGCAGAUCAGCGCCGGCUCGGCCGUGCCUCUCGCCGGCAUCCUGCUCCUCGGCCUCCCGGAUGACCCGUCCACCGGCCUCGCGCACGGGCUCGUCCUCUUCGUCAUGGGACUCAUCAUCUCCUGGAAUGCAGCCGCGACCAACAGCCCGAUCUUCGCGGAGAUCGUGCCGGUGAAAUCAAGAACGAGCAUCUACGCGCUCGACAGGUCGUUCGAGUCGAUCCUGGCCUCGUUCGCGCCGCCGGCCGUGGGCUUCCUGUCGCAGCACCUCUACGGGUUCAGACUGGCGGACGGCGGCGCAGGCAAAGCCACCGCCGAGAGGGACCGGGAGAACGCGGCGUCGCUGGCCAAGGCGCUGUACACGGCCAUCACGAUCCCCAUGACGGUGUGCGCGCUCAUAUACUCGCUGCUGUACCGCACCUACCCGCGGGACAGGGAGCGCGCGCGGAUGCAGUCGCUGAUCGGGUCGGAGCUGCAGCACAUGGAGCUGAUCGAGGAGGGUGGCGACGGCGACGAGCGGUUCGAACUCUUCGAAACGGAAGCGGAUGACAGUGACGUGGGAACCAAGAAGCUGCUGGCGAACCGGGAGUCCUGACAGGAGAAGAAGGGUUCUGCAUUUUUUUAUGAUGAUGAUAUUGCCGCCUACUGAUUUUUUUACCUACCGCCUACUGAUUUGUUUGUAACAAGAGGAGCAGCAAUCUUGUAAAUUUUGUUCUCCUUCUUUUAUAAAAGAAUUGCGUACUCUAAAAAAAAAAAGAACCAGCCAUCGUGA